CAUGAACACCUAGUCGUUGGACGGUUGAACUGCUAAACUAUAGAAUUGCGAAGGCCCAGAAGUGUGAUACAUGACCCACUUCGGUCUAGUCCAACUAUUAAGGUGCUCCAUAAGGUCGCAAGCCUACAAGUUAUAAUCAAGUCGGAUUGGUUUGAACAUACGGUCCUUGGCACUUCAUCGGCCUUUGAAUGAUCACCGGCUCUUUCAAUGUUGGCGGUUGGACCACCGGAUCAUCUCUGAUCUCACUUGGUCUCAAUAUCUGGGUAAGUGGCUGACUCGGUCUUUGCAUUGAGUGUACAUUGUGUCUGACUGCGAAUUUAGCAAUCAAUGCUAGCGAUCAUCGUAGCCCACACCUUCAUGGGACUCUUGUGCGUCCUUGGUGGCCAGCCUGGUGCAAAAUGGCACAUUGGUUUCCCUAUGUGGAUGAAGUAGAACUGGGGCAUCUGGGGCUACCUCUUCCCAAUGCAACGCUCUAUCCCCAGCAGACCUCGCUUCUGUGGCAGCCAUAUGCGUUCCUCGACGCGGUGCGCAAGUACGAGGGCAGCCGAGGUGCCCGGGCGGGCGUCGCGUUUGCCAGUAUCGCUUUCAUGCUCUCCCAGUUCGGCAUGGUCGUAGCCUCGAACUCGGUUGUGGCCGGCAUCGACCUGGCCGCCCUGCUACCGCGGUGGUUCACGGUGAGGAGGGGCGGAUACCUGACUGUCAUGUUUGCGUUUUUCAUGCAGCCCUGGUCACUGCUCAACAGCGCGACAAACUUCCUGACCGUCGUCGGGAGCUUCAAUACAUUCCUCGGCCCGCUGAUGGGCAUCAUGUUCGCGGACUACUUCCUGCUUCGAAAGCGGACCGUCAAGCUUACUGAUCUCUACGGGAACUCGGCGCACAGCAUAUACUGGUACUACGGAGGCUGGAAUCUGCGUGCUGCUGCCGCCUGGGUGGCGGGUGUCUGGUUCUUGAUGCCGGGACUGGUGCAAAGAGGUGUUGCACCCAAAGCUGAUUGGGGCGUGUACCUGGCUCUUGAAUGGUACUGGCCCAUCUCGCACAAGAUAGCCGUGGACGAUCUGGACUAUUUCGGAACGUUUGGCGAUGCGCCGGUCCUCGAUGGCGUUGGGCCCGAGAAUGAACGUUCGCAGACCGGUCUGGACGAGAAAGGCAGAGCUGAAGAGAAGGUUAUUGAUGUAUAG